AUGCGCAUCCCUCGGCGAGAGAUAGCCGCCGGCCUGUUCCGUGGCCUGCACUCCAGCGCCAGGCCCGCCGCCACCGCCCGCCCCUCGCUGCGUGCCUUUCACCAGACCUCGCCCGCCCUCCGGCCCCGACAACGCUCCUUCUUCACCUCCAACCCGCUCCUAGCCAAGGACGCCGUCGACAGCGAAAAUGGCCCCAGCACGCCAGGGCCCCAACCCCUCCCAGACGCCCAGCCGACUCCCGCCCGCCCGAGCAGCAGGAAGAAGCCCGCAAAGGCGGCCGCAGCAGCCGCACCCAAGAAGUCCCUGAGCAAUCCGCUUCGCCGGGUCGUCAGCAUCGCCCAGCGGCCCGGCCGCAAGCCCGCCAGUGUCGGCGUUGAUGGCGGAGGGGCCGGGGCCGAACAUCCCGAGGACGACGCCAGCACCAAGAUCAGGGCCGUGUGCGUCGCCGAGUCCUUCGACAUGGACGUCGUCGUCCGCAUCCUCACCGAGCACUGCUACCAGCUCGACCCGGACGGCCUGAGCUUCGACACGGCAGACGUUGUCCACGCCCGCACCCUGGGCGCCGGCGGCCACGGCGACGUCUUCGUCUUCCCCUCGGGCACCGUCGUCACCUGGGGGCUGCCGGCCGACGUCGGCAUCAACAUGGCCCAGGGCACCCUGCUGCGCGCCGCCCACAACCACGACCUCGAGUCGGCCGAGCGCGAGAGCCUCGACUUCGAGGCCGACGACACCAUGGCCACCAGCACCAUGCGCCGCGGCGACAAGGUCAUCCUCGGCACCAAGGAGCCCGCAGAGGACGCCGCCGCCGACGGGGGCACCUACUACCCCACCCUUGCCAAGAUCGCCUUCUCCUCGGGCCUGGCCCGCAGCACAAAGAUCGCCUUCCUCGAGGCCCUGCUGAGCGCCUACUUCAAGAGGACAAAGGACAUCCCCACCCAGCUGCUCGAGGGACGGCUGGCCGUGAGCAAGAAGUUCAUCCUGCAGCGCACGGGCGAGCUGCUGGAGCUGCGGUCGCAGCUCAACCUCUACUCGGAGCUGACCGACUCGCUGCCCGACAUGUUCUGGGACCAGGACUCGGAGCUGCGCCUCGAGCAGAACUACGACCAGGUCGGCAAGGCCCUCGACGUCCUUGACCGCAUCAAGCUGCUCAACCAGCGCAUGGACUACGCCCAGGAGAUGGCCACCGUCAUGCGCGAGAUGUACGACACCGACCACGGCGCCUUCCUCGAGAAGAUCAUCAUCGCUCUCAUCUGUAUCGAGGUCCUCUUUGAGAUGCGGCGCAUCGUCGUCGAGUACAAGGAGAGCCUGGAGGCCCGCCCCGUGUCGGUGCUCCGUUGGUGA